UUUCACUUAUAUAUAUAUAUAUAUAUAUAUAUAAAAUAAAUAUCUUGUACUUCCCUGGUUGGAGUACUGUGUAUAAUAAAAGAAGUGGCCGCAGAAGGAAGGCAAUUCUGGUGGAUUUGAGGGACUGAGAGGGGGCCAUUCUAGAAUGGAAUCGUCCUAAUUGGGUUUUCUUCCUUGGAGUCACGAUGUGAUCUCUGUAUACUGCAUUACAAUCACUACCAUGUAGAAGACUGAUCUGGUCUCUGUUGGCAUUUCAAGAUCGCCUAGGAGUUGAUCCAACCAAAGAUGAAUGUGGAAAAUGAGAACCUAGAACCAGUGACUGAUUUAGGACUUUCUGUGGGUUAUUCUGACCGGUGCAUUCAGAGACAACCGAAAGAUGAAGGGGAAAGUGCAGGUGCAAAUGCAGGUUCAAGGAUAGACAUGACAUUUUUGGGCUCCAACCCCCUGUCUGAAUUAGUCUGGUCUCCACAUAAAGGUUUGAGUCUCAAAUGUGCUGUUUGUGGCUUCACCGAUAAAAAGGGCCCUCUUAUGUGGGGUGCAGGAUCAAGUAAUGUGGCCUUCUCGCUGCCUCAAAGCAUAUCUGGCAAGAGGUCUGCUACUGGCAAACCUAUAGAUGAGGAAGUCAUUACACCACAAGCAGCAUUAUAUGCAAACGAUAAUGUCGCUGGUACAAAUAAUUCAACCAGAUCCUCUACACGUCAUGCUGGCAUAAUCCCAGGAUGUGGCUCGAACAAUAAAGAUGAGACUGGACCUGUUAGUGAUAUGGAAGAAAUGAGCUCUGCAGUGGAAUUAUCUGUUCUACAUAUUGCUCAAGAGGAUCACAGGAGAAAGAGUGAAGGCCAGGUAAAUGGAAGGAAUGCUGAUACUUUAUCUAUUGAAAUAGAUGAAACUAAACCUGAUGUGGUGGUGAAUGAACCAUUCUCUGCAGAUCUUAUUGGUGGAGGCAGAGAUCUUGGAAGUGAACAAAUACUUGGAAUGAAUAUUGCUUUGGUCUCUGAUGUUCAUCCUGUGGAUGAAUGCAAAGGUUCUGAAACUUCAGUCAAGAAUCUUAAGUCCCCAGGCAGAAGGCCUUUGGAAAAGCUUGAGCAAACUGCAGAGAAUGAAUUACGGACUCCAAUUGGUGAAAAUGCUCGUGGUGCAGUGACUAAGAUGGUAGAAUCAGAAUUUGCUCACAAACUGCAAAACAGCUUUGAGCACAACAAAGAGGUACUGGUACUUCAGAGAAACAUAACUUUUCAAAGUGAACUAUCCCCAGCUAACAGAAAUUUCCAUAGAAAUCAAAGGAAAGGAAAGGAAAAGGCUCUAUCUGAUGGAGAUAUUAAGGAAAGAUCAUCGAAAGAGGGAAAUGACAGCCACGAGAGUGUUGAAAGCUGCAACAGUGCUGGGUUGUUUUUAACACGCAAGAAGAGGCCAAGCUUUGAAGAAUGCUUGAUUUCUGGAAGUAAAAGAGUGAAGAAGCAAAUUGAAAAGACACCCUGUUCAACAUCCUAUAUAAGACAAGAUAGCUCAUUUAUGAACUGGAUAACAAGCAUGAUGAAGGGCUUCUCAAAACCGAUUCUAGAUGAGACACCUUCUCCUGCUCUUGUAAUUGCACCUCCUGAUCAAGGACAUCAGGACCCUAAUGAUCAGAAUCUUCUCGCAUGCAACAAGAAUCAAGAUCUAGGAUUAAAAAAUAUUGGCUUCCGAUCAAUUUUUCAGUCCUUAUAUGGGCCAAAGGUGAAAGGAGAAACAACAUCAUUGAAUGCCAAAAAUGAAAUUGGAGAAUCUAAGGAACAUGAGCUGGCUAACAAGAUGUGUAACAUUAAUGCUACGCCAACAGCCAUUCGUGGGGAUGAUGAUAACAAAGUCAAACCAUUUCUGCGGCCAAAUGAGAAGUUUGACUUACCAAUGUCUGGAAAUGGAGCAGCUUCAGCAACCCUGCCUAGGGUUUUUCCUUCAAAAUUCUCUACCUUUCAGAAAAUUGGAAAGACUAACUCCAGGGAGGAUAAAAAUUCAUGCAGAGUGGAAUUUGGUAGGGAAAAAAAUGAAACAAGCUCCACUUCCACUCCGUGUAAAGAUAAGAUUAGGAGUGCAGAGAACAUUGCUUCUGACCCACCAUCCGAAGGGAAGUCAUCUAAUGAUUUUAGCUACAGAAAUGAUCCUUUGGGAAGCUUGUGGAUAACUCGGUUUUGUUCAAAAACUUAUCGGCCCUUAUUAAACCCAGAUGAUUGUAGCCAGAGUAUUAGUGUGGGUGUUGAGUGCUCCAAUGAUUGCAUGAGGCUUCUUCCUUGUCCUUGGAAUCAUGAUGACAACAACCACAAAAGUUUGGCAUUGAAGGAGCACUCAGCUGAGGAUCCAAUGCCUGCUUUGGGUAAUGAAUCACAGAAACGUCCUGCUGAUACUGAGGCUGUCAUUGGUUCUAAAAGGAUGAAAUGCCAUAAUCAUCAGGAGUCUGCAUACAAACUGAACCCUAUAUUGCCUUCCCCAAAAUUUAGAAGUACAAUGGAAAUGUCUUCAAUCUUUGCAAGAAGAUUGGAUGCCCUCAAGCAUGUCAUGCCAUCAGAUGUAACAGAUAAUGCAAAUGAUGCGACAAUAACCUGCGUCUUUUGCGGCAUAGAAGGCCACCAUUUACAAGAGUGUUCUGAGAUAACAGAAAAUGAGAUUGAAGAUCUUCUAAGGAAUUCCAAUUCAUAUAAGGCAGCAAAAGAAUUUCCUUGUCUGUGCAUUAGAUGUUUCCAGCUCAAUCAUUGGGCUGUUGCAUGUCCUAGUGCUUCCUCAAGCGGGAAACAUCAAACAACAGGUGUUGCUUCUAUGGCUGGUCCUAGCAAAAUGCUGCAUAAGGAAGGCAAUAGAGAAAAUUUGAAGCUGCUGACUGGUUGGGGGAGACAAUUUCUAGCUGCUUGUGAUGAGAAUGAUCUUGGAAUACCAAAGCAUAGUAGAUGGAAGCCAAAGGAAGUGAUAGCCCCUGUAAAAACCAUAUCUAAUGCAAACCUAAUGAAGAAACACAUUGCUCCAAGUUUUGGGGUAAACUAUUCAAAAGAGCAGAAGAUCAUGCUAGUCAAAAGGAAACUUUCAGAUGUACCCAAAGGAAUCUUCAACACCAUAAAAGGCCUUCGUUUGUCACGCUCAGAUAUCCUAAAAUGGAUGAAUUCCUAUAUGUCAUUGUCACAUCUUGACGGUUUUUUCUUGCGGGUGCGGCUUGGGAAGUGGGAAAGACUGCAGGGAACUGGAUAUCAUGUGGCCUGCAUUACUGGGAAGCAAAGAGAGAAUUCACCACAGAAUGCCAAAAAUCCUGUGUGUGUAAACGUAGGUGGAAACAAAUUCUUAGUAGGGAGUCAAUACAUCUCCAAUCAUGAUUUCCUUGAGGGUUGGCAUAUUCUAACAGUAUAAGGUCAGGAAUGCCCCAUGUUGAUGGGUUCGAGAACUGGAUAAUUAUGCGAUUUAAAAAAAAAAGAGUAAAAUAUCAUAUAAACCUAACAAUGUGUAGACAGUGGAGUUUCCUAUAUCAUCAAAUAUCAAGCCAAUUGUUGUUAUGUUCCACCUUUAUAGUCAAUCUUAAUUUUUAGAUCCUUUAUCACAAUGAUAGUUUCAAUUGUCAUAAACAAGUCAAAGGGAUGUUGAUUGUCAAGGUGCCAUCCUACAAUUGGAAUUAACAGUAUUCUGAAUCUUGCUUGGUACCCAUACUAUGUGCAAUGGUGGAAUCCCAUCACAUUUUGCAGGAUGAGCUUAUGACAUGGUGGAAUGCAACCUCUACGGACGGUGGCAAGAUCCCAUCUGAAGAAGAUUUAACUGCAAAAAUCAAGAAGAAAAGAAUCUUAGGCUUAUAGCAAUCUGGUGAUUUCAGGAAUUAUCUAUGCAAGUCUCGGCCAAGUACAAUUGUAGGCACAGAUGAAGCCAGAGUGUGCAAGCUACAAAACGGGCGAGCCUCAUUGCAUUCUGUAUGUAAGUUUCUGAAAUCCUUCAUGUUUGGUUAUGUAAAGCAUGUAUGUCAAGCUGAAGUUAUGGAUUGUCCUCGAGUUGAUGAAGAAGAAAAUAUUUUUGUUUAUUUGUUUAGCCCAAGAUAAUCAUACUCCCGUUUUUAUGGAUUCAAAUGAUUUUGCUGGCCUGGACAGCAAACAAGUUGUCAGAAA